CAUGUAUUAGGUGACUCAUAGUGGUUGGUGUUCUUGUCACUGGUGUUGCAUUGUGUGUCCCAAUCCUGUGCAAACGGUGGGUGAUGCCUCCUGAUAAGCCACCGAUAAGCCCUGAUAUAAUAGAAGAUUGUACUGUGUCAUUCACUCAUUAUUUACAUCACUGUGACCACUGGAGCAAAAAUACAUAAACCAGAAGACCUGUAUAUGUGUGUGUGUGUGUGAGAGAGGACAUUUAGAACAGAGAGAGAACUUUAGAGCUGGAUUUCUUAAGAGUUUUGAAGUUGAUUCCGUGAUUCAGAAAAUUAAGAGCAGAAAGAAAUUGAAGAACAUUUACAUCACAGAAAAAAAAAAAAUGAGAGAAUGGCUUUAAAUGGAAAAAUUAUUAGAUAUUAUCACUGUGAGAAAUGGACAAAACAGUGCCUCCCAAACUUACUGUAAGGCCACAUCAGUGUCUCCUGUAACAGUGAACUUUGAGCCCUUGUGUAACCCUCCUACCACCCCAGAGCCAUGAAGCGCAGUGCCAGUGAGCCUUUGUUGCCUUCCUACACACACAACACACCAGAACCCACAGCAGGACACAGCACAGACCUUUCCAGCAGCCAGCACACAUUAGCUAUACAAACAAACGCAGAAGUGAACCGUCACCAGCCGUCAGAUAUUUCAUUGGUGAUGCAGCUGAUGGCCGUAGGUUUGGCUGGGACAGUGAAGGGGUGUGCAAAGGCUGGCCGGGGGACUGGGAGGCGAGGGAGGAAGCUGCCGUCUGUUGGGAUGUCAAAGCUUCAGACUCUUAUGCACCUAGGACGCAUCCAUAGUUCUAGUUCUCCCUCUUUGCCGGAGAUGUUCAAGGACCAGAUGAUCGGACUGAACUUUGCUGAUGAGUCUGAGGCGAAUGCUUUCAAUACUGCUGUCAGUGACCGCCUGGCCACCAAACAGAGGAAGAAGGAGGAGAGGAGACGGCAGAGCGGACAGCAGCAGCAUCAGGGGCCUUUCAGUACUCAGACUCAGCACCAGCAGAAUGUGAGCCACCUGCACCACCAGCAUCACCACCAGCCACAGAUGCCACAGCCCCCGCCACCCCAGCCCAAGCCCUCGUCCGUGCCAUACCUCCAUGUCAACAACGACUCCCGCAAGAAGUCCACCAAGAAGGGAAGCAGGAACAAGAACAAGUUGAGCAAGGAUGAAAUAGGGAUGCCAACUGACUUCAAACACAUCACCCAUGUUGGCUUCAAUCCUGACACCGGCUUCUCCCAGUUCAAUGUGGAUGAAAAGCUGGAAGCAUUCUUUAACAUGGUUGGGGUGAGUGAGAAGCAGCUCUCCGACAGCCGCACACGAGAGUUCAUCUAUGACUUUAUUGAGCGGAAUGGCGGCGUCGAGAAGGCCAUCCAGGAGACCCAGCGGCUGUCCUCCCUCUCCCCCACUAUCAUCACCACAUCCUCCUCUGCGCCUCCACCUCCUCCCCCUGCCAAGUCCUCCGUUCCUCCCCCUCCUCCCCCAACCAUCCCCUCACACGCCCCAACACAAGGCACACGGGCCGCUCCGCCUCCUCCCCCGCCAAGGACUGGUACCCAUGGCCACCCUCCACCCCCACCCCCUCCGCAAUCUGCCCCUCCACCCCCGCCACCCCAUCCCCGGGGCCCCAUGCCGCCGCCCCCUGGCCAGGUGAUGGCAGGCCCCAAGACCACUCCUCUUCCUCCCCUUCCACCCUCCAGCUCCAACCACCAAGUGCCCCCUCCACCCCCACCCACCUCCACCAUCCCCACCCUGCAGCACCACCAUCACCACCACCACCCCACCAAGGCUGCUGCUCCACCUCCUCCACCACCCCCAAUUCCCUCCAAUGGCAUGGCACCCCCUCCCCCACCUCCGAUGCCACCGAUGGGAGCUGCGCCCGCCGGAGGGGUGACGCCGGAUGCCCGGUCUGCCCUGCUUGACCAAAUUAGAACAGGGUCAACUCUUAAGGCCUGUAGUCCGCAUGGUUCCUCCCAGAAGGUGGAGCCUCAAGAGCGACCGCCUCCCACAGACUCCCGCAGUCAGCUGAUGGACCAGAUUCGCUCCGGCAUCAAGCUGAACCCGGUGGAGGAGCCAUCAGAAAGUAGCAGCGUGAAGUCUGGCGAGCCCAAGCUGGAAGGUCUGGCUCUGGACCUGCACCGCGCCCUGGCCAUCCGCGCCGUGGCCAUGCAGAGUGAUGACGACACUGACACUGACUCUGACUCUGACGAGGAGUGGGACGACGAUGACACCUGAGGGGCAGCGGGGAGGGGUGGCAGGAGGGACGGCUGAGGUGCUGGGCUUUCCUCCUGCUGUGUCGGUGAAGUGACGUCAACUAGUGCACCAGGUGUGUCUGUCAGAGGGGUCUUGUUCAGGCUAAGUGCAGUGAGAGUGGGUGUUUGUUGUGUGUUUUAUUUAUUGUUAUUGUUUUUUAUUUUUUUUUUUUAUAUACAUAUAUUGUUGUGUUCUAUUGUUGACUUUUUUUUCUUUUUUUUUUCUUGGUUUUUAUUUCAUUGUUGAUUGAAGUCUUGAGUUAUUGGCUCUGCUUGUUAUUUUUAUAAUUUUGAUCUGGUUGUUUGCUUCACUGCACUGACAAUGCAACACUGGUAUUUUUUCUAUUUUACUGUGUUGCAAUUUGUUAUUAUUAUUAUUAUUAUUAUUAUUAUUAUUAUUAUUAUUAUUAUUUUUAUUAUUAUUAUUAUUAUGAAGAAGAAGAAGAAGAAGAAAAGAAAGACCUUAAUAUACAUUAUUAAUUUUUCAUUCUAUAAUUAUGUAAAUAUAUACUUUUUAUUUUGAGCAGAAGAAAUAUUUUUAGUAUGAGAAAAUGUGGAAGUAUUAAUUUUUCUUGAAAGGUAUUGACAAAUCAGAUACACUUACAUAUGUAGUUAUAUAUCUUUUCAAAAUAUUACCUUUUAACUUUCCUUGUAGCAAUGUCAAAAAGAUCUGAAUGUAACUUCAUGAAUUAGGUGAUUGUAAAGUAUGCAGCACAUUGGUGUCAUGAACUGUGAACCAUGCUCCAGGCAAGGGCGGUGAUCCACAAGUGCUGUGCUGAACCUAACAUAUCCCUCUUCUUGGCAUCUUGUACAUGUUUUUCACAAGCUGCAUGUUAUCACUUCACUUCACUCAAGAGCAGCAUCUCCUCCCCACACGUCACUGGUUGCUGCCUCAGGAAGGUUGUCACAGUGCCAGACUGAACACACAUCACCACACUCACACACCAGUGCUUCAGGAGUGGUGUGUGCGGCAGCCACACACCAACUUGCCACAACACACCAAAACCUGAAUUCAUGUAGUGGUGUCUAUGAAAUUGCUGUUUAGUUUUGAUAUGAAAUAAUGUAGGGUGUAAAAAGUCAUAGAAAUUUGGAAUGGUGAUGAUGCUCCUUCAAUUCUGCAUAGGAGUUUGUGAUACAAGACCAGUAAUUAGUUGGUCAUGGUCUUUAUUUUGGCCAUUCUCUCUCCAAAGGCAAAACGUUUUCUUUACUUAAUGAUUGUGGUGCAGAGUGUUUGGUUGAGUGAGCUGUUUUAUACGAGCCAUUUGAUCUGACUAAUUCAACGGUGUGAAGACUUCUCAGUUAUGACGGAAUAUUUUUAGUAAAGAAAUAUUUAUCCUCACCUAUCCAGUCAGUUCAAACAAAGGUAUUUCAUUCAUUUCCAGUACCUGUGUACAGAGGUGGCCUUAUCCUCACCCUCAGUAGCCAGACUUAACACUGAGGUGCAAAUUGAGAACACUAAUCAAUGUAUCUUCAGUGUUGUCAUGCACUUCCCCUAUACUUAACCAAUGUAAAGCUAACAUCACCAACUAGGGAUUCAUCAGCUGCAGUGGUCGUCACAAAAAUUAAUCCUGAGGUUGACAGGCGACUGUAUUUCCACAUUACAGGAAAGUUUUCUUGGUUGUGUUGACUCAAGUAGUGAGGAAGAAGAGUAAAGAACACUGCUGUUCAUUAUCUUUACUUUACACUUUACAAACACUCAUCUCCCUUUCAGACUUACUCUCAUACACUAACUUUACCUCUCAUUCAAGCUUACCACUGACAUCUAUCUAAAAAUCAGACUAAAGUACAUUCAUACCCAUCUCACACACACACACACACACACACACACACUGUUCAUUUCUCCCUCAGGCAUCUCAUCCAUGAAUCUCUAGCAUGUGUGGAAGGCAAGGCAGUCAAGAAUCUGAAGUACUGGAUGAGGGAGACAUUGCAGGUGGUGUUGUGUGUGUGUGUGUUGGGAGGGAAGGCGAGGUUGUCUUUUGGUUGUACAUACACAAGUAAGAUUUAUCCUGAGAAAGAGGAAUGUUCUCAGUAUAUCUCAACUAAAUUCUGUUUAUUUCUGUCAUGCCAUUCACAUGGGCAGUAAUGUUUCCUGUAAGCAGAUACAAUGCCAAAGAGGAUACAAGGUCAGAUCUGUUCAGACACAUUAACAUUGAUAUAUUUACAAUGAGGAGAUGCUAUGCUUGUGUACUUUGCUGUGUUGCUCUUAAGUGUGAGGACUUCAAGGGGGUUCUCACUUGUAUCUUUGUUAUAGACACCUUAACCAGUUUUAUAGGAGUGCUGAUGUGUUAGUCUUGUGUUUAUAUGUACAUAUGUGUGUUAUAUAAUAAUUUACUACCAUGUUAACAUAGGUCUUCCAUAAGCUGUCUCUGGAAACUAGUCUGUAGUCUUUGUUUUAUAAUCUUCUGCCUCUUUGCACUAAUUGUUCUUAUCCUGCACCAUAAUCAGGAUGAGAUUUGUUAUGUAAUAGGUUUUAUCCUGUGUGAAAAUAAUCCUUUGCUCAUUUGAGCCAAGGUAACAGUUCUUAUUUGUAUUAGUGUUGCUAAUUUUGCGAGUGUACUUUUGCUUUAAACUGUAAGCCUCUACUUCCUUGACUUCAACACACACACACACACACACACACACACACACACACACACACACACACACACACACACCACACACACACCGUAAUAUUAUACACAGGUCUUGAAACAGGUACAUGAUACAGGUUUGAAUAUAAUCUUAACAUACAAAUCUGAAUAGUCGUAUGAUUAAAGUCUUAGUAGUCUCAAGUUAAAGGUCUGAAUCAGUCUUAACACAGAUCUGAAUACAGUCUUGACAUAGAGAUCUGAAUAGAGUCUCACGAUGAAGGUCUUAGUACAGUUUUAACAGAUCGUAAUAUAACAAGCAGGUGUGAAUACGGUCUUAACAUACAGAUAUAAACAGUCUACAUACAGAUAUUAUUUAGUCUUAUUUUACAGGUUUAAGUACAGUCUUGCAGAUGAGGGACUGUACCUAAUGCUUCCCUGUCUUAUCUUGUCUAUGUACUUUAAGUAGGCUCUGGUAAAAAUUGUCUGUUUUCAGGGAUGUCAUGGUUCUAGUGGUAGUUUAACAAGGGUUCUGUAUUACCAGUGGGAAGAAAACUGUGAUAACUCUUUAAAAAUUACACGUUUUAAGGGAGCAAUUCAAAAUACAGACCCUAAAAAAAUGACAGAUCUGAAUAUAGUGCUGAAUGCAGGAUCUAUGUUACACGCGGGUGAGCCAGCGAGCACGAGAAAUCAGCUGGCUUGUUGUGACGUCAGCUGUCCUAACGCCUCACACACUGAACUAAGCUACUCUCCUACCCUGAUAUGUGACAAUAAUGAAGAGAGGAAUAGAAAUAGAAAAAAAGGGGGGGGGGGCGUGAUGUGUAUAAACAAAUGAGUAGUGAGUGCAUGAGUCAGUGAGUGAGUAGGAACAAUUUGGGCUUGUGACUUGUGCCGCCUCGCUGUCUGGCUACCCCACCCGUCUAUGCUAUGGAACCUAGUGAACGUAAAGAUCUGAAUAGUCUCAGUACAUCACUACAGCAGUACAGUACAACCACCAGAUAUAGCAGUUAUAUUUAUCACUUCAUUUUAAGAUUCGUUAUGUUAAUGUUAGCUUCCUUUAAAACAAACAGCAAGGUAUGGUUCUCGAAUUUAUUUCAUUGGUUGACUUACCACUUUCCCUGCCAGUCUUGAAUCACUGUAUGUAUGUGUGUGUGUGUGUGUGUGUGUGUGUGUGUGUAUGGGGUUAAAAGUGGACACCGAAGUAGUGGUAAUAACAAUAAAGGCUGAUUUAUUUGA